GCUAGGAAACGUUUCUCUCUCUAGCUCUCUCUCUCUCUCUCUCUCUCUCUGAUGAUAACGAGGGGUGUUGCCUUUUUGCUGGUUUGCUCCGUUCAAACGUCACCGAGGCCCUCUUCUGUUAACUUUCUCUCAACGAGGAUUCCGUUGGGGCCUGCCCUUUCACAACUCAUUCAUACUCUCUCUCUAUCCUGCAUUUUACAGGGUGCUGCCUCUACAACUCUCUCUCUCUAUACACGCUCUUUCUGCUCCUUUUCUUUUUUUUUCUUUUUGUUUAAAAAUCUCUUUUCCUGCAUGAUAUGCCUUACAUGCUCCGACCGCAAAGAAUGAUACCCAAGCUCUGUCUUUUUUAGGUUUUCCAAAGAAAAAGAUUAAGCUUUCCAAUUGGGUUUAAGGCAACGGACUGGUUUUCUUGAGUUCUUCGGAUUUCGGAUACAGAGGCCGGUUCUUGCUGGGGUUUUUUGUGGGUUCUUGUAGAAGGGACUGGUUUUUCUACGGUGUCUUCUGGAAAGACAGAAGCUAUUCAAUGGAGCAGGAGAAGAAGGCAUCCGCUGUUUCAGAUGUUGGGGCUUGGGCCAUGAACGUUGUGAGCUCUGUUGGUAUAAUCAUGGCGAACAAGCAGCUCAUGUCAUCAAGUGGAUACGAUUUCAGGUUUGCCACCACUUUAACUGGAUUUCAUUUUGCGGUUACUGCACUGGUUGGAAUCGUCUCAAAUGCGACUGGUUACUCUACUUCUAAGCAUGUGCCUUUGUGGGAGCUUCUCUGGUUCUCAAUUGUUGCUAACACUUCUAUCACAGGAAUGAAUUUGAGCCUAAUGCUUAAUUCUGUCGGAUUUUAUCAGAUUUCUAAGUUGAGCAUGAUUCCAGUAGUGUGUGUAAUGGAAUGGAUUCUUCACAGCAAGCAUUUUAGCCGAGAGGUGAAGAUGUCUGUCUUUGUUGUCGUGUUGGGCGUGGGGGUUUGCACGGUCACAGAUGUUAAGGUUAACGCCAAGGGUUUCGUUUGUGCGUGUGUCGCUGUGAUAUCCACCUCCUUGCAGCAAAUUUCAAUUGGCUCCUUGCAGAAGAAGUACUCCAUAGGGUCUUUCGAGUUGCUGAGCAAGACUGCUCCCAUUCAGGCUCUCUCCCUUCUCAUCCUUGGUCCCUUUGCUGAUUAUUACCUCAAUGGUCGAUUCAUACUGAACUACACAUUGUCUUCUGGUGCAAUUUUCUUCAUUAUGCUAUCGUGUGCUCUGGCCGUGUUCUGCAACAUGAGCCAGUACCUUUGCAUCGGACGCUUCUCAGCUGUCUCAUUUCAAGUGUUGGGUCACAUGAAAACUGUGUGUGUUCUCAUUUUAGGGUGGGUUCUUUUUGACUCUGCCCUCACCCCGAAGAAUAUAAUGGGCAUGAUGCUUGCGGUGCUUGGAAUGGUCAUUUAUAGUUGGGCAGUUGAAAUCGAGAAGCAAAAACAAGCUCCAGUUAAACCACCCCAUGCCAAAGAUAGUUUAACAGAGGAAGAAGCAGUAAUGCUUCUGGGGAAAGACGGAGUCGAGAAAACAUCAUUGAAGGAUAUCGAGCUCGGAGAGUCGAAAAGUUAAGGCUUUCGAAAUUGGGUGACUUUUGAAAUCAUAUCUCUUUACAGUCUUGCCCCAGUUGAAUGAGAAAAUGGAUUCUGUUGAGGAUCAAGGAGCAUCUGAUUGGAUUCUUUACUGGAAAUGGGGUUUUCAGGGAGAUGGAUCCACUUGUCACAAUCACAAGAGGUGGUGAAGAUUUGACAGUAAUGGGGGUCUUAGAAGUUAUAAGCUACUAGAUUUGUACAAGGCAUUUAGCUGAUUCUUAACUCCUAGAUUUGUUUCCCUUGCGUUGGAUAUCAGGGGGCCCAAAUUGUAUUCGCUUCAUUCAUGAUAACGGUUGUUUCAUUACAUAAAUGUGGUAUAAUUCGUUUUUGAAGGCCAA